AUGAGGCACCUCAUCUUCGACCAGGACACACUUUCGAAAUACCCGGCAAUGCUUACGCUCUGCAUCCUGCUGUUGAGCCUUUGCGGCCUAUGUAAUGGAUAUUAUGAGAAUCCAGACACACAGUCCUGUGGCGAUAACCGCGGCCCACUCAUGGACGACAACACUCGCUAUAAGAUCUUAUAUUAUCACGAAGGAACUCGAAAUGUACUUGCUCUAGGAGAGUCGCCAGGUUAUCAAACUGGCUUCCUUCCUCCAGCGAAGAAUUUGUUCAAAAUAAGAUGGAACUGCACCCUCGAAGCAAGGGCGAGAAAACUGACGAAGAACUGUGCUCAUUCCGAAGACCAGUUGGUGAAAUACGGAAAAAACGUGUACUAUGGCCCUGUACCAGAAGUGACUAGCACCAAGCCAAUCGAUCUUAGAAAGCGAAAGUAUGACUUCAUAAGUAAAUCAAUCGACGAGUGGCUUCUGCCAACGGAGAAUUAUCCCAUAGAGGGUGAUGUUCAUUACAAGGAUAGUUUGUACGGCCCCAGCAAACUGUACACUUUCGCCAAUCUGGCCUAUGAUAAGAUUUACGAAGUCGGUUGCAAUUAUGAAGAAUGUGGCACUGGAAGUAACAUUCACGCUUCGCUUAUUUGUGUCUACAAUAAAAAGGUUCCUGACUACGCAAAGCUGUACCAAGUGGGAGACAAGGACCCAGAUCAUGCGGGCUGCAACAAGGAUAACACCGUCUGUCAACAUCUUGGUAAACCAGAUGCCACAUGCGAUGACCUUCUCUGCAAACUACCCAACGUGGUUUCAAGCUUCCUCUAA